CGUCGCCGCCACGCACGCCCCUCCUAUUGGAUGACGGGGCGGCGUGCGCAUCGACGUGAUGACGACGAAGGAGAGCGCCGGCCAUGCAGGGGAUCCCGGCACGGAGCAGACACCGAGGAGGCAGCUAGAAGCAGCUCCCCUAGAUAAUGAACGACCCAAAACAGCACUGAGGGUAAAGAGAAUGACCCCAUUCUGGAGAACAAUGUCCAUGCGUCCUGUUGGGGCAUCUUGCAGAGAUGAUACGGAGUGUCUUACAAGACUUUGCAGGAACCAGAAAUGCUGCUUAAAAACUUUUGCAGAUAAAUAGAAGACUCAGCAGCUUUUCUGUGGCAAUGGGAAUUAUACAACACCUCCACGAAUACAGAUAAAAGAGAUCUUUUUACAAAAGUGGAUAUAUUUAUUUGACUCUGAGGUUAUCUGAGUAAAAAUUGCACUCAUGUUUUGUAUAUUUAUUUCAUGUAUAAAAUUGU